AUGGGGCGAUUGCCUCUCGACGGCAAGGUUGUCUUGGGUACCUCGCUUCCCAAGGAUUCGUUAUCCGUACUGGGCGCCAUUGCUUUCUUUGACAGCAGCCCCGAGCCGGCUCCCUGCCCAAAAACGUCCACCAUUCAAUCAGCCACACGGCCCCAGCAAAGCCAGCUAGUCGGUUCCAUUGGAGAUCAAUUUGCUGGUGAAGCAUUAGAAUUUGGUCACGGACGGCCCCCUAUCACGCUCUUUGUCAAGACAAUAUGCGACUCGUUCCUCGCCCUGACCGUCAAAGCUGCUCGAUCGGUUUCGGCUCGUAGCCUUUCCGCAAACCAGAACGACAACAACAACAACAACAGAAAUCCUCUUUUUUUGGGCUUGCCAUUGAAGAUGCUCGGCCAGUGGCAAUGUGAUCAACAGUCAUCAUCCAUCAGUAAAACCGGGAGGAUCGCCGGCAAUCCCCUUCUCUGGCAAUCUAGUACCCAUCUUUUUAGACCUCUCUGCGUCACCUGGGUUGCGGGAGCCAUGUUAAGCGGCGCACAUCGGCUGCCACCCUCUCCGUGGAGGAGCAAGCCAAUCCGAGGCACGAGACAGAAGAAUAUCAAACAGGGUCUGAAUGCAACGCGUUUCACCUCGCACUUGGCCAACCCCGUCAUCGGGGGCAAAGAAGCCGGUAUGGCGUCAGAUCUCUCGACAGCCUUUAAUGCGCAUGAGCUUGUUUUCUCAUGUGUCAUCAAGAACCUUCGCACAAAUCGUCACAAAAUCAUUACGAUUGUAGAUCAGGUUCCUCGAUAUGAAUGA